AGUAGGACGAACAAGCAGGGACGGGGAAGUGAAACAGUCUGGAGACAGAAGCCAAAAGAGAAAAAGAACAGAAACUAUAAGUUUUUUUUCUUCAUUACUCUGGACUGUGAAGACCUGAGAGAACUGACUUGGUCAGGGGUGAAAACUAGAGAAACAGGGAUGAAUGUGACUAAACUACUGUACCUUUGAUUGGUUUAAUUAAUCCAACACUUACUGUAGAUUCUGUUUGACAACUACUAAAAAGUGCAGACUCCAGUCCUGAUUGGAUGCUUAUUUCAGAAUGACAGCAGAAGACUCAGCCGCUGCCGUUGCUAUGAGUAAUCCUAGCCCUUCCUCCACUUCUAAGGCCUCCUCAGGGCAUCCUCAACAUCACAGCUCCAUUCCAGAGGGUGUGGCUGGGGCCCCCAACGAAGCUGCACUUUUGUCCUUAAUGGAGCGGACAGGCUACGGAAUGGUGCAAGAAAAUGGACAGCGCAAAUAUGGCCCGCCACCUGGCUGGCAAGGCCCCGCCCCCCAACGUGGCUGUGAAAUAUUUGUGGGUAAAAUUCCACGUGACGUUUACGAGGAUGAGCUUGUGCCAGUAUUUGAAAGUGUAGGACGGGUCUAUGAGAUGCGCCUGAUGAUGGACUUUGAUGGGAAGAACCGUGGUUAUGCAUUUGUCAUGUACACACAGAAGCACGAGGCUAAGCGAGCUGUUCGUGAACUCAAUAACUACGAAAUUCGCCCAGGAAGGUUGCUAGGCGUUUGCUCUAGUGUAGAUAACUGCCGCCUCUUCAUUGGUGGAAUUCCCAAAACCAAGAAACGUGAGGAGAUCCUGGAGGAAGUUUCCAAGGUGACAGAGGGGGUACUGGAUGUGAUCGUGUAUGCAAGUGCGGCAGAUAAGUUGAAGAAUCGUGGUUUUGCCUUUGUAGAGUAUGAGUCUCACCGUGCUGCUGCUAUGGCCAGAAGAAAGCUCAUGCCAGGACGAAUUCAGCUCUGGGGACACCAGAUUGCAGUUGACUGGGCUGAACCUGAGAUUGACGUUGACGAGGAUGUCAUGGAAACAGUAAAGAUUCUAUAUGUGCGGAACCUGAUGAUAGAGACCAGCGAGGAGACUCUGCGCCAAACCUUUGGCCAGUUCAACCCUGGCUGUGUAGAACGUGUCAAGAAAAUCCGAGACUACGCCUUUGUUCACUUUGCCAGUCGAGAUGAUGCUGUGGUUGCAAUGGACAACCUGAACAGCACAGAGAUCGAAGGUUCUCUUAUCGAAGUGUCCCUGGCCAAGCCUGUGGAUAAGGAGCAGUACACUCGUUAUCAGAAGGCAUCGAAGGGAACACCGGCUGUGACGACUGUCGACAACACCCCACAAAGUUACAUGUAUCAGUGUGACCCAUAUACACUCGCCUAUUACAGCUAUCCCUACAACACACUCAUUGGACCCAACCGAGACUACUUCAUCAAAGCAGGUACUGUAAGAGGCCGUGGUCGUGCUGGGGCUGGUAACAGGGGCCCAGGGCCCCGUGGCUCAUACCUUGGUGGCUAUUCAGCUGGCCGAGGCAUUUACAGCCGCUACCAUGAAGGAAAGGCCAAACUGCCGGACAAACCUUAUGAGAUCAUGACCAAUUUAGAGCUGGCAGCUGUGAACCAAGUCGGCAUGAAGCCUGGCACAAUGGCUCUUCCAGCUCUUGGUGCCCAGUACCCUGCUAUGUUUUCUGCUGCCCCAGCAACUAAGUUAAUGCAGGACGGGAAGAUGCAUCCAGUGGAGCACCUGAUAAACCCUCUGGCCCUUCAGCAUGACCCCAAUGCUGCCCAGGCUACUGCGGCUGUCAUACCUGCAGUCUCCACGCCACCUCCUUUCCAGGGUCGUCCUAUAACUCCUGUCUAUGCCAUGGCUCAUAAUGUCCAGAGGAUCCCAGCAGCAGCUGCUAGUCUGUAUGGGGCUGGGUACAUGCCUAUAGCUGCCCACACCAACACUGCCACUCUGGCAGCACUGCAGAAGAAUGCUGCCGUGGCAGCUGCAGCCUAUGGAGGAUACGCCGGGUACAUGCCCCAGGCCUUCCCUGCCACUGCCACCUUCCAUAUGCCCAUUCAUGAUGUAUACCAGACCUACUGAGAUAUCAUCAAUCAAAAUGACCUGCAGUUACACACACCACACCAGCACAGACCAGCAAGCCUUCAUGCUACAUCUAUGAGGUCUUCUGGCUAAUUGAACCACGCCGAGUGACACUGACAUACUCGCAACAAAAACUAACAUUUUCUGACUCAUAUCUAAAUCCCUGGACACCUUUAGAUUCCUGCACAAGUUAAUGCUGGCAGCAAGGAUGUAGAUCACUUUUCACUAAUCCCAAAUUUACUGAACUACACUCAUAGACACCUCUCUGGCCUACAUUUAGUAACCUAGACAUGUGACCUAGACUUCUAAUCUACUGAUUUAGACCAAAGCCACUUAUAAUUCUACUGAUCAUCUUAUCAAUAUGCCUUGUGCUCUAUUUUCAUCUCUGUUCCCUUUGUGUUAUAUGUCUAUGUGGACACAAACCCCUGCAAUGUGACCCAAGCACCACCUACUUUUCCCUCUAGACAAAUGAAAAACAGCUGAAAUCUGUCAGUCAACCCCACUAAUGAAGAUGUUCACCAGACUUACUCUGAUUCAGAAGCCAUCACACAACUAAAUGAAUGACAAAUCAAUCUCGUCUUCUCUCAUACUCCCUAUUCAGAUCCCCUCAAGAGGCAUAUGACAUGAUUACAUGUUUUAUGAUUCCACAGAGGCCUUUAACAACCUUGUUUAUUAGUUUAGCACCACUGUGUACUGGAUACAGCAGUGGACUGACUCUGGGUGAUUUGUUAGUGCAUUCAUAUGAAGAAAUUUAGCAUUUAAGACUUGCAAGGUUACACCUACUGACAUAUCACUGUCUUCCGCACAAAAUCCAGUGGAUAGCCAUCAGCCAGAGUAUUUCUGUCCCUUUAGGGCCGCCGUACACCAAACACUCCUAAUACCACUCCUGUGCCUUCAUGGCCAAAAGAAUACUGAAGGAACAUUGUAGUAUUUGUGGACUUUGAAAGAAUGUAUUUAAUGCCUCUCUUUGCUUAAAUACUUUUGUGAAAAAAACUAUAAAACUGUAAAAAGAACAAAAAACAACUUCUGAGCAGAAGCUUCAACAACUACAGAAGUAGAAGAUUUUAAGUGUUUCCUGAAAAUGUUGUAUUUUGAGUUAAUGAUAUAUAUAUGCGAAAUGUUUUGUUUUGAAGAUGCCUGAAUUUUCCGUCCACUGGGUUGCCCGCCUGCGAGUUUAGAUGAGAAUAUUUGCAUUUAUUUUUCUCCUUUACUGUUUAUGACAAUAGUUUGCUUUUGCUAUUUUAUAUUUAGAUUAUUUUAAAAUUUUAAUAUUUAGUUGUUUUUAUUGUCUGGAAGAUUUUUUUGCUAAACUGGGAGAAAUGAAAACACAGACCAUAUAAACAGAUUAUGACUUAAACAAGAACCAAACAAUGACUAGUCAUUCUGUUUUAAAAGCAACUGUUAAUUCCACAACAGAGUUGAGCCUCUGGUGAAAUGCAUUAUAAAUAAUUUCAUUAUGAGAGUCUUCAAGAACAUAUGCUGAAUGACAGUUGUUGGGUGAUAAUACAUUUUAAAUACACAAACUGGACUGAUAAAAAAGUAGCUGGGUAGAAGAUACAGUAUAGCAUAAUUUAUAAUAAAGUAUUUCUACCAACUGAAAUUGGUUGUGCUGGUGGUUUAUAGUUAAAGGGAUAGUUCACCCAAAAAUGAAACUUCUCUCAUUAUUUACUCACCCUCAUCCCAUCCCAGAUGUGUAUGACUUUCUUUCAUCUGCUGAACACGAAUUACGAUUUUUAGAAGAAUAUUUCAGCUUUGUUGAUCCAUACAAUGCAAGUGAAUGGUGGGCAAAACUUUGCAGGUCCAUAGAUUAAAUCUAUAUCUUCAGAGGUGAUAUAAUAGGUGUGAGUGAGAAACAUAUCAAUAUUAAGUCCUUUUUUAACUAUAAAUUCUCCUCCCUGCCCAGUAGGUGUUGAUAUGCACAAAGAAUGCAAAUUGCCAAAAACAAAAGGAGAAGAUUGUGCUAGCGAAAGUGAAUAUUUAUAUUUAAAAAAUACUUAAAUAUUGAUCUGUUUCUCACCCACACCUAUCAUAUCGCUUCAGAAGAUAUGGAUUUAACAACUGGAGUCAUAUAGAUUAAUUUAUGCAGCCUUUAUGUGCUUUUUGGACCUUCAAAGUUCUGGCUUCCAUUCACAUGCAGAGCUGAGAUUUUCUUCUAAAAAUCGAUGUUUGUGUUCAGCAGAAGAAAGAAAGUCUGUUUAAGAGAGAAACAUCUGGGAUGGCAUGAGGGUGAGUAAAUGAUGAGAGUAUUUUCAUUUUUGGGUGAAUGACCGAACUGUGCAUUGAGCAGCCUUUAGUUCUGUGUUUCCCAGCUACUGGUAUUUUAAUGCAUCACUAUCCAGUCCAGUGAAGUCUCAUGUUCCUUUUUGGAUCAUUAGGAGAAAACUAGUCUCCUUAAUAUUCCUUUUGUGCCAAUAAAACAAAUUACACUUGAAGUACUGUCCAAUUUACAAUGGAACUAAUGAUUUUCAUGUUGUUUAUUACGUGGUCCUGAGAUGCAGGUCAAGUAAACAAGUUAAAACAGAGGGGAAAUCAGGUGCAUGUCGCGAGACUCCAAUUUUUUCCACCUAAUUCCUCCUACAGAAGCCUGUAAACUCAGCUGACUGUCCAUUAUGUUGUGUAAUUUGCUUUCUUUUGUAGUUCUAACCCUGAAUUUUUGGAGACCACACUCCAUGUGAUACAGUACAGGACAUGCUUUUAAUGUUGACUAUACUGAGGUGCACUUAAACAUGUUUUAGGGUGUUAGAAGUUCUUGCUAUAUGUGUGUAUGUGCUUGUGUAUGUGUAUGUGACCCAAAGUGAUGAGCAGGUACUUUUGUCAUUUUAGGGGUAUUUUAACUGGAAUUAACUGGACCAAACUGAAACCAGGGAGCUCAGAGAACCUCUGUUAAAAUAAUCAUGGCCUUUUCAAUGACUGCAGUAUGUCAUAACAAUGUCCUCCUGAAGACUGCUGUAUGCCACCACUAUGCCUUCUGUAGGGCUGCAUUUGUCACAUCUGUGCCUUUUAUUCAGACUGCUGUGUCUGACAAGUGACCUCUAAAAACACCGUGCCUCUCCUCUCCUCUUUUGUUUUCUAUUUUUUUUCUUUCAGAAAUGUUUUAUAUAUAUAUAUAUAUAUAUAUAUAUAUAUAUAUAUAUAUAUAUAUAUAUAUAUAUAUAUAACUAUUUGUGUUAUACUGUUGUAUCUAUUGUUUUGGGGGCUCAGAGUGUUAGAGUUUUGCUGCUUUAUGUGGUAUUUUGCUUUCAUUUAUUAUGUUAUAACAGAGUUGAUGUUAAGUAUAGCAUGUGUUUAGAAGAGACUGAGUGAAACUUGGUUUGGGGGAAAUCUCAAGAUACACAUCCAAACAAAAAAUGACAAUCCACAGAGUUCACAUCUUACAGGUUACACACACCAUGUGAGAUAAGAGACAUGUGCGAGCCACACACAUUUUCGCACACUGCCAGUAUCAUUGAGGACAGUGUCUCUCAGUCACUCCACAUUGUGUGUGUAUGUGUGUGUGUGCGUGUGUAUGUGUGGUCAUGCCUGUGUGUUCAAGUGAAACAUCCAUUCUCUCUCUAUUAGAAUCUUUUAUUAUGAGCAAAACAGCCAGGAUAUAUUUAAUAUAUACAGUACAUUGUUUUUGUGUAUGAAGUACAAGGAAAUGCUAUAAUAUAUUUUAAGACUUUUUUCCAUCUUUGUAUGUGCUUUGUUUAGAGUUAAACAGCUACAAAAACAUGUUUUUUUUUGGUUUGUUUGUUUUGGCCAAAGUGUUUAAUGGGGUGUGCAAGAAUGCGUUUGUGUGUGUGUGUGUGUGUGUGUGUGUGAGUGUGUUAAAAGUACCAGUGGAUUUAUAAAAGUGGAUAAAACUCAGCAGUUUGGAGUCAGCGCUGGCCCAAAUUGAACGCAAUGCAUUCAUUGGCAGAACAUGGUUUCUUUUUGCGAUCAUUUCAUAAACACUACAUGCGUAGCGUUUUGUUUUUCUGAACAAGACAAGGUGACCUCGGCUGAGGACAUUUAGAUAAUGUAGAAUGUUAUUGCCCAAAUAUUCUUAUCUUUCCUUUUUUAGAUCUUCUUAGAACUGUUUUCUAUCUUGCAUUGUUUGUUUAAGGCCUUUUGGCAUUGUUGUAUUUAUAGUGGUAGUUUAAUAAAGCAUUUUCAAAAAGAAGAGCAAAA